AACAGUACCCCAGGCAUAGCAGCCUAAGCCCAGUGGGAGCAGCGUCACUCCUCUUGGCAUAUUAACCAGCGUCCACUGUAAGCGCCAAACACACCGCGACGGAGGACGUCAGGCUCGCGUCCCAUCCUCUGAGCGAAAUGCUCCGCGUACCGGAUCUCACUCACGCUAUUCUCCCGGAUUCCGUCCGGCGUUUCGGCGAGGGGGCAUUCACACGCACAGGCAUACAAGCGGGAUAAAGAACUCCUCGAUGAAGUAGGGAGGUUAAAUUCAAAAUAAGACCAAAAGAAUUUUACAAAAAAAAAAGUGGAAAUAGGUAUCACUCCCCGCCCCCGGUCCGCGCGUAGAGGAUGCAAGAGGAGUCAGCACAAAGACGCAACAUCUGCAACUUCAGGAUUUACUUGUAAAGACGUCUUUUUUUUUUUUUUAUUGGAGGUCGCGGAGUUAUAAGUAAACAUGCCUGUGAGAAGGGGUCACGUUGCGCCGCAAAACACGUUCCUUGGAUUAAUCAUCCGGAAAUUCGAGGGUCAGAAUCGCAAAUUUGUCAUAGCCAAUGCGAGGGUGGAGAACUGUGCGAUUAUAUACUGUAACGAUGCUUUCUGUGAGAUGACGGGCUUCUCAAGACCAGACAUCAUGCAGAAGCCCUGUACCUGUGACUUUCUCCAUGGGGAUCUCACCGACAAGGAGGCGAUCAACCAGGUGGCGCAGGCUGUGCUUGGCUCCGAAGAGCGCAAGGUGGAGAUCACCUACCACCGGAAGGAUGGGUCUGACUUUCAAUGUACUACUCACAUAAUCCCAGUGAAGAAUGAAGAAGGAGUGGUGAUGAUGUUUAUUUUAAAUUUUGAAUAUGUUGUGGAUGAAGGAAGUGACCACUCCACCGAGAACAUAAGUCCUGCAUCCCCUACAAAGUCAGACCAAAGAAGGAGCAGAUUCUUUCGCUUCCGUCAGGUCGCCUUGAGCCUGAUGAACACCAACAAGCAAUCUCUUCCACAAGAGGACCCAGACGCCGUGAUGGUGGAUUCUCCCAAAGAAGAUGAGGACUCGGUGGCCAUGGAGAGCUUUCCUUCACCCACAAAGAGCAUUUGCAGUCCUACUGAGGCCAAUGACACGCGUGCCCUCAUAAGUUCUAGCCACCACUCUUCCCAGGCUAGCAUCGGCCCUGAACCACUUGAUCACUCAUCCCUGAAAGUCCCCUGGGACAAGCUGUACCAGACAGAGCCUCACCAGUCCUCCACCUCCCUGUCAAACACCUUCCCCAGAGGCAGCACCGGCAGCAUGAGGAGAGCCUCAUCCAUCCAUGAAAUUGAGGGCUAUAGCUCCAAUUCAAAAAGUGUAUUUAGGGACCGACAUACAAGUGAAGGCCCUUUCAACCAUGUGAAGUCCAGUCUGCUAGGCUCUACCUCUGAUUCAAACAUCAACAAGUACAGCACCAUCAACAAGAUCCCCCUGAUUGCUCUCAACUUCACGGAUGGCAUUGAUAAGAAAGCUCAUUCUCCCCCAACCUCUGAGAAAGCCAUCAUAGCACCAAAAGUCAAAGACAGAACUCACAACGUCACAGAAAAAGUUACACAGGUCCUUUCCCUUGGAGCCGAUGUACUUCCAGAGUACAAACUGCAGGCGCCUCGCAUUGAUAAGUUCACCAUCCUUCACUACAGCCCCUUUAAAGCAGUAUGGGACUGGCUGAUCCUGUUGCUGGUCAUCUACACAGCAAUCCUCACUCCUUACUCUGCUGCUUUCCUACUCAAUGACCAGGAGGAGCAGAGGAGACGUGAAUGUGGCUACUCCUGCAGCCCUCUCAAUGUAGUGGAUUUGAUGGUGGACAUCAUGUUCAUUAUUGACAUCCUCAUAAACUUCAGGACCACCUAUGUUAACCACAACGAGGAAGUGGUUAGCCAUCCAGCUAAGAUAGCGAUCCAUUACUUCAAAGGCUGGUUCCUCAUCGAUAUGGUUGCAGCGAUCCCCUUUGAUCUUCUGAUCUUUGGCUCGGGAUCUGAUGAGACAACCACUCUCAUUGGCCUACUAAAGACAGCGAGGCUCCUACGAUUGGUGCGUGUCGCAAGAAAGCUGGACCGUUACUCUGAGUACGGAGCUGCUGUUCUGAUGUUGCUCAUGUGUAUCUUUGCCCUAAUUGCCCACUGGCUGGCCUGUAUAUGGUAUGCUAUCGGCAAUGUGGAGAAGCCCUACCUAGAGCACAAGAUUGGCUGGCUCGACAAUUUGGCAUUGUCCAUAGGGAAGAGAUACAACUACAGCGAUCCUAACUCUGGUCCUUCCAUCAAGGACAAGUAUGUCACCGCCCUUUACUUCACUUUCAGCAGUCUCACAAGUGUGGGCUUUGGGAAUGUUUCCCCCAAUACCAACUCAGAGAAGAUCUUUUCCAUAUGUGUCAUGUUAAUUGGUUCCCUCAUGUAUGCCAGUAUUUUUGGAAACGUCUCUGCCAUCAUCCAGAGACUGUACUCUGGGACAGCCCGCUACCAUGCUCAAAUGUUACGGGUCAAGGAGUUUAUCCGCUUUCACCAGAUCCCAAACCCUCUCAGGCAACGGUUAGAAGAGUACUUCCAGCACUCAUGGACCUACACCAAUGGAAUUGACAUGAACACGGAGGUGUUGAAAGGUUUUCCUGAAUGCCUGCAGGCAGAUAUCUGCCUCCACCUUAACAAAAAUCUUCUAGAGAACUGUAAAGCUUUUCAAGGGGCAACCAAAGGGUGCUUGAGGGCCUUGGCCAUGCGCUUCAGAACCACUCAUGCUCCUCCUGGAGACACUCUGGUCCACAGCGGCGAUGUUCUAACAGCUCUCUACUUUCUGUCACGGGGCUCAAUUGAGAUACUAAAGGAUGACAUUGUGGUAGCCAUUCUAGGAAAAAAUGAUAUAUUUGGAGAAAUGAUCCAUCUUUACACCACACCUGGGAAGUCCAAUGCAGAUGUGCGUGCUCUGUGUUACUGCGACCUGAGUACCAUUCAGAGAGAAGACCUGCUGGAGGUGCUGGAUAUGUACCCAGAAUUCUCUGACUAUUUCUUCAACAACCUGGAGCUUACCUUCAACCUCAGAGAUGAUCCAACAAAGUCUGUUGGUGUCCAAGAGGGUGAUCCAGAUGCUGAUGAUAAUAGAAGCAUGAAAAGAAGAAUCUCGUUCACCCCAGAUAUACCUACAGAGGAAAACAAAGAAGCAGAUAAGGAUAUUCAAAAAGAGAAAGGCGCUAACUCCUGCCUGAAAAAGUGCCCGAUGGCCCUGGGUUCUUCCUCACUCAGUGUUCCAGUCCUGGACUCGGACCUUAUUGUGAGAGACGGCUUAGACAGAAGACCCUCUAUAGAAGAUCUGCGCUGUGAUAAAUGGGCCUGUAAGAAGCCUGAGGACUACCUGGAUGAGUCAGCACAGAUCCAGGACCAGAGAGAGGACGAUAAUUCUGCCAGCGAAAUCACAUAUGGCGAGGUGGAACAACGCUUAGGUCAGCUUCAGGAGCACUUAAACAGGCUGGAGUCGCACUUGAUAUCAGAUAUUCAAACCAUCCUGCAGAUGCUGCAGAGACAGCCGACUCUAGGACCCCCCGCCUACAGCACUGUGACAGCCAGUCCAGAAUAUCAAAGAUCCGCUGUGAAGGUUCAGCCAGUUGCUCUGUCUGCAAGCCAUUUAUUCAGCCAUACAGACACUCAAGGCCUCAGCCAAAAACUGGAGAGCACCAUUCAGGAAUCCAAAGACUCAGUGUCCAGCAUGGCCAUUGUGAAUGCACCCAUAGAGGACAGCCUUACAGCAUUUUUUCAACAAAGACAUGCAGACAUGCAUCAGCAAGAACAACAGAUCCCAGGACAUCAACAGCCAGCGCUGAUCCCUCUUCCAACUCAAACCUCAUCUGCCUCCUGCUCUUCUGCGCUUCCCUCUGGCCCUGACCACACCUCAGAAAGACACCACAGACAUGUCUCAGACUCUGAGGUUCCCAGGACAUAAAUUCUCAGCAGCACCAUAUGAUAAUAUUGGAAUUAUUAUGCUGUAAUUAAUAAGUAGCACUCUUUUGUUUGUUUGUUUUAUCAGCAUGCUGGCACAGACAUUUGCAUCUUAAAGUGGCUAUGCUAAAGAAAGGAGAAUAUAUUUCAUUGUGCAUGUGGUGAAAAUGUUUCUUUCCCUCUCUUUCUGUCCUUUUGGAAGAAGGAAACUAACAAGAGUUGCAUAUUUUGGCACUUUUUAAAAGAUAUAAGAUAUUUAAACGUGAACUCAUUUUAUCCUAAAAAUCCACAUGAAGCCAGAAGUCUAUUUAACUAAGAGGAAACUGCUAUUAUUAGACAACACUUUUUUAUUGUCAUUAACAGUUGGUUUUAUUAGAGCAAAGACAAUUCGCAUAUUAAGAGUUUUGUAAGAUUUUUCCUAAUAUUCCAUAAGAGUGGGACAACAGAUCAGGGUCAACCAGAAUGAAGAGCAAUCAUCUACUGAUGGUAGAUGUACCAGUCUUACCAUUAACACAUUUAUUUACCAAUACAGGGAAAACCAAUGUGACAAUCAGAGAGCAAUGUGUCACUCUGUAACAUUUCUAAACAAGAAAACCUGACUGACCUACCUCACACAAUUGCUGGUCUCUCAUAGAAACCAGCAACUUCUGCGUUAUUUCACCACAUACAAGGUUUUUUAUUUACUCUCGUGUCAGUUGUUCCAAAACUUGACUCAAAUCAUUUUAUAUUUAAAAUCUUGUUUUUUGAGGGAUUGAUAAACAUCUUUUUGUGAGAUUUUCGGAAAAAUAUCACUGACUGUUAAAAAUAUAUAUAUUUUUUUUUCUGAUCUGGCAGAUGGAGACAGUGAUGGUGACAGGGAGUCACACAAACUCCCUAAAUGCAGAGAUAGGAUUAAAAGCAAGACAUAAGUAAGUCGAGCUGACAGGUGUUUGCUGCCAGGCUGCCACUUGUGUAGAAAAGAAGAGUGCACUGGUAGCAGAAAGCUACCAAUGCACCGGUAAUCCAUGGAUACUCAGGAUGUUGAAAUGAGGAUAGUUGGCAUACUGAGGAUAGUUAGUAUAAGCUCAGCAAGAUUAAACAAUAUGAGGUUGGAAAGCUGCGGGCUGGUCCAAUGAGUCACAAUUUCAGCAGGGAUAUUUAAAUUGUAGGGUCAGAAUUUGGUGUAAAUAUCAAAGUUUGAAUUCAUCUUGUCUCGCAUCAACAGUUAAAGUUGGUGGUGGUGUAUUGGAGAUAAUUUCUGGGUACCAAAUGAACGUUGUCUAACCAGCAUAGGCAUAGAGUACUAUUGCUGACCAUGUUCUUUAUGAGCAUAACAUACCCCUCUUCUGACGACUUCUUCCAGGAGGAUAAAGCUCAGAGUAACAACGCCCAAAUCAUCUCCAACUGUUUUGAACAUCACAAUGACUUCAUUCAACUCCACCUUCCUCCACAGUCAACAAAUCCUCAAUCUAAGAAAGCACUUUUGGGAUGUGGUAGAACAUGAGAUUUGCUUCAUGAAUGUGCAGCUGACAAAUCUGCAGUAACUGCAUGAUGCUGUCAUGUCAAUAUGAAUCAAAAUCAUGGUUUUGGCACCUUGAUGAAUCUUUGCCACAAAAGGUGUACCUAAUAAAAUGGCCAGCAUGUGAUUUUUCUAAUAACUCACUAGGACGCAUCUACUGUAUAACCUGCUGCCAAAUCAUGUAGCACUUUAUCAAUCAUUGUUAAUGUUUCAAGCAAAAAGCAAGGACAAAAAAAAUGAAGCUUUUGGCCAACAUUGUUUAUGCCGGUUGUUGACAGGCCGUCAGUCUCUUCAAGUCUGGUAGGCAGCUGGUGAGCACAGAUGUUUGUUCAAACUGUUGACCCUCUGCAGCCUGAGACUUUGAAACUGAGGGCGUGAGCCAACGCAAGGCCUGGCACUGCUUUGUGUCCUCAUUAGAACCUGAAGUGUGAGGAGGUGACUUUGUUACAGCAGGGAAAAUGAUGACGCAGCGGUUCUUUUUCCAUUUUCUGAAAUCUUUGCAUAGUACCUGACACUAAGGGUCUGACAAGCCAGCGGGGAAAAGAAAAAAAAAACGCAUUCUGCAAAUUUCCUCUCCUGAGACAGGGGAUAUCGCAUGAUACUGACUACAUGGAUACCCUUAACAGUCACUGCUGAACCUGAUCAUUAUACCCCAUCUAUACUGUAGUCUGAAUACUGUGUGGGUUACACAAACUAUUUCCUAGAACUUUUAGAGCGAUUCAGCAUUACUACUGAGGUUUGUGAACAGUUUUCUCAUCCUUAGCUGUAUGCCUAUAUUCUUUGCAGUGUGACUCAGGGGCUAUGGAUAAUUGCACUGCAACAUACAUCACAGUACACUAUAUAUUUAAAUGAUGUGCAUUAUUAUUAUUGCAAUCACUGAUGUGCACCUACUGUACUAUAUUAACCAGAAUGCACCGUGCAUGCUUGUUUGAGCAAAUAUCAUAACAUGCAGAUUUGAGGAUUAUCUGCUGUUAUCCCUGCCUCGGACACGCAAGUACGAUGCAGUGCAUGUGUUGUAAAUUCUAUUUAUAUACUGUUUUGCACUGAUUUCAAGCCCAAAGUAGCACAACAUAAAAUGAUGUCAGCAUACAUGUGUUUUUUUUUAUGUAUGUUAAGAUAUGAUGUGGCAGAAAAAGACAAAAUUAAAGAUGGGAUUUCACUUAAUCGUACAGUAGGAUCUGUUCUAAAAAAGGCUCCAAACAGGGACUUGUGCCUAUACAACCAGUCCAAAUGAUGAGUCAGCCAUCUUUAUAAGUAACAAAAUCACAUUCAUGAAUCCCAUUGUAUGCCCAUGUUAUUUGGGAUAAUAUCUACCUUACUAAAUAUUAUUGAACAGCUGUAAAAUAAAUAAUAUAUUAUUGUAUGAUGUAAAUAGUAUUUUUUACUCUAUCAUUUAUUUAUGAGAUUCUGUAAAACAAUAGAUAAUGCUUGUUUUGAAACUAUGGAAGCAAUAAAUGAAAAAGUGUUGAA